CUUCUCCCUCUCCCUUUCACUCAUUCUCUCAUCUAGCUUUCCAUAUUCCUUCUCUCGUUGUAUCACAGUUUAUGCUGGUCGAUCUGAACAUGGUGGGACUGUGGAAGCCAGCAUGGUUGGAGGCUCUCGACACGCAGAAGUUCUUCGUGGCUUGUUCUCUUCACGAGAACGCGAAGAAGAACGAGAAGAACAUUUGUUGUUUGGAUUGCUGCACUAGUAUCUGCCCCCAUUGCGUGCCAUCGCACCGCUUCCAUAGGUUGGUGCAGGUCCGGCGUUAUGUUUACCAUGAUGUGGUGAGACUGGAGGACAUCGAGAAGCUUAUAGACAGUUCUAAUGUGCAGUCAUAUACUAUUAAUAGCUCCAAGGUAGUGUUCCUUAAGAAGAGGCCUCAGAGCAGGCAGUUUAAGGGAUCAGGAAACAUCUGUACCUCCUGUGACAGGAGCCUUCAAGAGCCUUAUAUCCAUUGUUCUCUGGGCUGCAAGGUGGACUACAUAUUAAGGCAAAAAAAGGAUCUUUCCCCAUACUUGAGGACAUGUGAGACACUUCAACUGAGUCCAGACUUCUUCAUCCCCCAUGAUGCCGAUGAUGAGGCCAAUGAGACCACCCACUCCACCGUCAUGGAAGGUGAGGAACCCAUGGGCUCAUCAGACUCGGAAAAUUUGAAUGCGCCAUGCACUGAGUUUGUCCGCAAGAAGAGAAGUGGGCUCUAUGCUUGUGCAAGGUCAGCAAGCAGAGUUUCUGAUGAGGACAUGUCCACGAACAUGAGCAGAAGAAAAGGCAUUCCACACAGAUCCCCUCUGUGCUAAGAGCUGAUACUCUUGACUGCUCCUUUCUCUCUUCCUAUUAAACUAAGCAGUUUUUCCUUUUCUUUUUUCUUCCUUUCUUCUUCUUCUUCUUCUUCUGGUAUUAAUCGCCUCAUAUGAGUCCUAUUCCAAGCUUUCAAUGUAAAUUUGCCAAAGGCUAUUUUAAAUCAAUUGUUCUACUUAGUCAUGAAAUGGUGCUCUUAUUAAUUAA